AUGGCCCAACUUCUUCUACUCCGCUGCCAGCCGUUCCUCGACGAACUCUGCUACUACCAGUACUGCUCGACGGGGCGACAAGCUCAGGAGCUGAUCUUAGCCCUUCGCCGCUUGAUGCGGAUAGCAGCCGACUGGCAUGUGAAGCUGUGGGUGGUGAAGGUCGACGUCAGGAAGGCCUUCGACAGCAUCGCUCAAGAUGCCCUUGCCACCAUGGUCCAGAAGACGGUCGCAGAACGGGGCGGCCAAGUCUGGGAAUCACGGCUAUGGUUGGAAAUUCUCGAGGCCAGGGCCAUCGACAUCUACAUCGGGAAGUCCAUUGUGUCGGUAGACCAAACCAACAGGGUCCGCCAGGGCAGUCCAGACUCGGCAGCGCUCUACUCCUCGACGAUAGGCGAGAGCCUGCAGAACCUCCACGACAAAGUCCCUGUUGAGAACCGGGGCGCCCUGACCUGCCGCCGUGCCCCCUCCUUAGGGGCAGGCUACAUGGACGACAGGUACCUCUGGUCGGAAAGCAACCUGGCUCCCAAAGGCAACUUCGUGAACGUCAAGAAAACCCAGAUCAUCUGCAGCAUGGAGCACGAUACGGAGUUCACAGUGGGGGGCCAGCGAUUUAAAGCAGGGGCGCCAACGGAUGUCAUGAACACCCUGGGCUCCCCGCUGACGUUUGACAAAAGCGGGGUGACAGCACUAGUGGCCGACAUGCAAGCCAGAGGCCGCCACGCAUUUCACGCGCACCGCAAGCUGCUGUGUGCGCCCACGGCACUGGAGACACGCCUCAAGCUGCUGACCACACUGGUCCGCAACUCCGCUACCUGGGGGUGCGCCACGUGGCCGGCAAACUCCACAGCUUGCUCAGAGCGGCCAACAGCUUUCAACUCGGCUGUCUGCGUACCAUGCUCGGGGCGAAACGAGCAGCCACGGAGUCUUGGUCAGAAUGGCAGACCCGCACCAUGCGGGUGGCUCGUGCCCACCUACACCGGAGCGGACAAGAGAGGUGGUCCACGUAUGCGCAUGCCCUACGGGCAUGCAGUCAGACAUCCAGGACCCACCCGAGACCUGCUUCUUUGGCGAAACCUCAAGUGGUGGAAAGAAGUUGCGGAACCCGCCAAAAUCUCCCAUGGGGGGCGCUUCAACAGUGCGCUAGACGACAGCUACGUCGAGGAGUUCGACCCACCAUGGGCCAGCGGGCGGCAGGCCAGCAUAGCCAACCUCACGCCCGUCCACAACUUUCAGCCCAGAACGCCGUACAGUCUCACACAAGGAGCGGGCGAGCGAGCGAACUCAGAAAUCCUACACAUUGUGCAGCCACCACCUCAGCUGCUUCGAACGUUCAUGCAACAUGGCACCUCGGAGCACAGCUAA